AUGAACAAAACUACAAUUAAUUUGAAAGGAGCUCGUCUAGUCGAAGUAACAGGAGACAAUAUUGCUGCACUGAGGGAAAGACCGAUGUACCCAGGGGAGCUGAAAAGUCCUUUGGCUUUCAUGAGACGGCAUUUCAGUAAUAGUGGCUCAAGCGAAGAGAGGGUUCCAAGUAUGGCAGAUUAUGAUCAAUAUGAUCCAAGUUUAAACUUUGAGGGGGUCCCACAAGGCCCGGUAGUACCUGGUGGGGGAGGAGGUGGCGGUGGUGGUGGUGUUGGAGUUGCAGGUGGAGGGGAUGCAGCUGCCGGUGGUGGUGGCGGUGUUGGAGUUGGUGGUGGUAUAGAUGCCGGAGAAGCGGGUGAGGGUGGUGCAGGAGAAUCAGGUGGUACCGGAACUGGUGGAGCUGGGGGAGGAACGGAAGGAGCGGGUGAAGGAGGAGUCGGUGAAGGCGCUGCAGGUGGUGGGGCUGGUGGGGGUGGAUCGGAUGUGGGAGGGGGAGUAGGAGGCACAGGUGGAGGAGGAGGAGCAACAGGAGGUGGUACCGUAGGGCCAGGAACUGGUCCUAGAUCUCGCCCACCAAAUAUCCCUAUUAUACCAGCCGUCAACUCCAAUCCUACUGUGAACUACCCGAACCGACAAUUCCCUGUAAGACCAGCCCAACCUCAACCGCCUCCAAGAGCAGGUACUGGUGGUGGGGCAGGUCCCCAUGUUCCUCUGAUUCCCCAAACAAUAGGACCAGUUAUCAAUCACUCCAAUCAGAAAAAGAAACCAUCUUCCAUGACUGCCGCUCUUACAGCAACCUUUGUUUCUUUAAGUAUAGCAGUAGGAGCUGCAGCAGCUGCAAUCGUAGGAUAUCGAAAAUGGAGACGUCAACAUCUACCAACAUCAGCAAAUUAUCAGACGAUGUCGCAAAGGGCAGUUGUGAAUGCAUAA